AUCUAGACAAUGAGAACGCAGAUGGGUUUCGAAAAAGAGUACAACUUAGUCACUAAGGCUAUAUUAGUACUUUCAUAUCAAUUUUUUGUUAUACAAAUUUUAGUUAGUUUUCCAAAUUUUUAUAAAAUGAGAGAGUCUGAGAGAGGAGCAGAGACUCAGUGAGAAAUUUUUUAUAGAAUGGCAAGGGUGGAGAAAAGGAAAGAUGAGAGAAUUCUGACAAGGCUGGCAGAUGAGUUCGAACAACUGGCCGCUCAGCUGAACUCUCCGGCACCAUUCACCAUGGAAAUUGGCAAUUUCACCCAAGCCUGUCGUCUCGUUUCUCCUCUCAUUCGAUACUUAGGCGUCGCUAUGAAGUUCGCCGACAUAGAGUACUCUGAUAAGAUUAGUGGGAUUGAAAAGGCAGGAAAGUCAGUUAAUACCCUAGAAGAUUUGCUUGAUAGUGAAAUACAACAGAAUACUAUUAAGCACCAAAGUAGUGCUUCGAGAUUCCUCAUCAGAGUGAAGCGUUCACUUGAGAUGCUUAAGAUAAUAUUCGAGCAAAUUAUGGCCUCAAGCGAAAUUUCAAUCAUGGAUGCGGUUAACACAGCAUAUAAACAAGUUUUUUACCCCUACCACGGAUGGGCCAUCAGAAAGGCUGUUGGUGGUGCACUGCUAACCGUUCCCACAAGGUCACUGUUCUUCAUAAAGCUAAAAGUAGAUGAGGCAUCGGCUUUUGUUCAGAUGCAAAGGACAAUUAUUGCAUUGGCUCAUCUGAUACACUACAUCGACAACUUAUUCCAUUCAAGGGAGUCAGCUCAAGAGCUGCUAAGCUUGAUUUGAUCGAUUUCCGUCUUUUGCACGUACGCAUGCAUUUUUACAAAUAUGCUUUGAUUUCCGUAUUUCAUAUGUAUGAUAUGUUUGAACAUCAGUGUGAACCUUAUAAGGAUUGUUAUUCGAUUUGGUUAUAAUUAUGAUAAUUUUCCUUUUUCCAA